AUGAACUCAAAACCGCCGUGCUCUGUCUUCGACUCCCCUGCAGAACCAGCCGAAAUCCUAUCGGAAAUGAACAAUCGCCCUAGUCUCCCCAAUGGUGAUGGUAGUCUAUUGGUCGAUAACGUUAUAAAUGCCAUGAAAGAGUUUUUUAUCUUCAUCUCGUUAUGUGGGAUCUUUUAUGAUAAACACUUUGAAGCGGAUAUAGAUAGUCAAACUUGCCCAAUGUUUAUUUACUCUGCGCUCACUGUUGCGGUUUUGCAGGCUACUCAGGUGUAUCGAAAGUCAAAGAAAGGAGAUAUCAAAUAG